AUGAGUGAUUAUAGUAGCGAGGAAGACACAACUUGCCCAAUUUGCUGUGAAGAUUUGGAUAUCACUGAUAAACAUUUUCAACCAUGUCCAUGCGGAUUUAAAAUAUGCUCAUGGUGUUGGAACAAGAUAGACAACUCCAGUAAACGUUGCCCAGCCUGUAGAAGAGAAUACGAAAAAUCAAAUAUUGAAUUUACUCCACCAGAUCCAGAAUUAAUCCAACAAGAAAAGAAACAAAAGGAGAAAAAGAAAAAACCACACAUCAACAGAAAACAACUAGCAAAUGUCAGGGUAAUACAGCGUAAUUUAGUAUAUGUUGUUGGUUUAACCCUCGCCGUUGCCAAACACGACUGGUUAAAACACACAGAUAAUUUCGCAAAAUACGGUAAAAUUAAGAAAGUAGUAAUCAACAAGAGCAAUUUACAGAAUUCAUCACAUAUAGCAUCGAAUAGAACCCCUACAGUUAGUGCAUACAUAACCUAUGUUCGGAAGGAGGAUGCAUACAAAGCCAUAAGAGCUGUGGAUAAGACCUAUCUAGAUGGCAAACAGCUUCGUGCAUCAUUUGGAACAACAAAAUACUGUGCAUACUUUUUGAAAGGCAUCGCCUGUACCAAUCCCGACUGUAUGUAUCUGCACGAAUAUGGGAAUGACGAGGAUACUUUUAAUAAGGACGAAAUUGUGUUACGGAAUGGACUGCCAGUUCCACAUAAUUUAGAGAAAAUGUCUCAAUUUUAUCCUCCAGAAGAUGAUUCUCAGCCAAUAGAAAAACAUUUCUGGAAGUAUCCGAACUCCAACAGAGAACCUGAGGAUGAUGAGUCAAAUGACGAAUCGGAGUCAUCUGUUGGAGCUUCUCAUAGCCGAAGUAAUAGCGGAUUUCGCCAUUAUGAUGACGAUGAUGGCAUCGAUGAUGACCAAGUCAUAGAGGAUGAUGACAUUCAAGAUGAUGAUGAGGAAUAUGCUGAAGAAACAAUAGUGAAUGCUGGGGGUGGUGUACAAUUAGCAAGGUCGUCACGGUCCAACGGUUCUGCUUCAGGAAGUAUCAGUAGAAGACACGAUCCGUACCACGAUCACACAAUUGAUGAUUAUUAUUAUGGUGGUGAUGACGAUGAAGAAGCUGACGAUGACCAUGAGGUUCAAACUGAAUAUGCCAACAUUACAACAAAGGUCAUUGAUAAUAGUAAGGAGUCGAUUCUUCCAAAGACCGCUCGCUGGGGUCAGCAACCAGUUGUGCCAGUUACUGCCACAGCAGCCUCUUCUUCCACUACGUCAAACAGCCCUCUGCCUGCUUCAUUAUCUUCUUUAAGCAAUAUAGCUACAACUAUAACAAAGAGUAAGAAAAAGAAUACAAAUAAGAACAAAAAGAGCAGUAAGAAUAAGAACAAAAACAAGAAUAAGUCAACGAAAGCUAAGGAGACAGAAGGCUCGGAUACGGCAGCUAUAGGCUCAACCACAAAUAAUCAAGAUACACAAAAUAAUGCCAUUGCAGAUGCAGCUUCAAGUGGCAGAUCCAGCACAGACCAUAGCAUCGAAGAGGUCACAACAGAGAGUCAAGUGAUCAUUGAGAGCACACAAACGAAUGAAGAAAUACAGCCAAAUAAUUCCGAACUGGAACAAUUAGACGACUCUAUUAUUGAGUCUCACCCUACUUUAGAAAUGCUGGGAAUUGAACCUAAUCCUCCAUCCGAUGGAGUGACCUCUACCGUUGGAAGAUCUAAAUUAUUGUCUUUGGUUGAAUCAAGCUCUCCUGCAAACUCCACAACCAACAUCAAGAAUCCAUUCUCAGCUGAUCCAACUCAAGCUUUCUCGUUUAACCAGCUCGCUCAACCACAGACUCAGCAACAACAGUACUUUGGAUAUCCUCAGCAGGUACAACAAUUAUUUGCUUCAUUCCAAGGAUAUGAUCCUUAUUAUCAACAAUUCUUUGAUAGUUCUUGGACAAUGACUUCCUUUGCAUCAGACACAAAACGCACUUCAUCACGAUUCUUUAAUCAAACAACAACAGAGACAAAAGAUACACAGCAACAACAUCAACAGCAAUUCGCCCCACAAUCAAUGCAACCAUCACAAUCACCACAUAUCCCAAUGAACAUGGACAUGUGGGGCAUGCAGUCUAUGCCUUCAUACCUUUCAAAUCCAUCAAGUCAUCAGAGCAGUAGAUUCUUUGGAAGUGCCAAACAAGCAAAUAAUAACCAACUAGAGCAAAACACUCAAGUUUUCAAUAAUGCUGACCUCCAAAACAGUUUCAGAGCCUUACUCCCCAAUGUAAAUAUUACAUUUGCAAGCCAAAGCAACAACACAAGUGAAACCUCUCAAACCUCUGACUGGGGUUAUUCAAAAUUUGCUAAUUCUACACCAAUUGUCAACGACUCAGCAUCAAUUCCUCCAAGCUUGUACUCCUCUCAAUAUUCCGACUUUUUCAAUCAGCGUAUUCCACAACAACAAACGACCAAUAAUUCUUCAUGGAGCUGGAAAUAA